UACAGCCCUCUGUUGAAAUUCCGAGAAUUGAGCUGCUCUGUUUCUUAGAACUGGAUUCUCAGAACUGGUGAUGCACAGAGUUUCGAGGAAACUUUUACAAGAUUGUGACAGCAUGGCCACGUCUGCAGAUGGCUGCAUUCAAUUCACACGCCAUGCAGGUGACGUCCUGCUCAACUUCAACCGCCUCCGCAGCAGGAACAUUCUGGUUGAUGUCGCCAUACAGGUGGACGGACAACAUUUUCAUGCUCACAAGGCCAUUUUGGUGGCCUGCAGUGGCUUCUUUUAUUCUGUGUUCAUGGACCCCAAAAACACAAACCUUAGUGCCAUCAGCUUAGACCCCAAAGUGGACCCCAAGGGUUUUUCCAUCCUGCUGGACUUCAUGUACACAUCCUGUCUGGACCUUAAAGACAGUCUGGUCCUGGCCACCAUGAACACAGCCAUUUACCUCCAGAUGGAACAUGUGGUUGACACCUGCCACAGGUUCAUCAAGUCCAGGCAUCCGAUUGAAGAGGUACAGAUCAAUUCAUCACAUCUGGCAGAGGAGAUCCCUGCUUUGAGGCCUGUUGAUGAGAAAGAGCCAGACUUUAGAAACAUCCACAAGGUAUCCUCAUCCCCUCUCCAGGAAGGCAGGAGCUACAUCCCUAACGUUUUCAGGGGGAUCAACACCUCUGGUUCCUAUCACGUCUAUGGUGACUUCCAAAUCCCUGCUGGGACGCUAGAAGGUUCACAUAAGGUCAGCAACCUUCCCAGAGAAGGGGCUUUGUCCCAGAAACAAUGCUCACAGGUACCCAGCGCCAACAUGGCUCACAAUGAGUCCACCACCAUCAUCUCCCACCCUGUGCCAUCCCACCCAAGUUUCCCCACCACUAUCAUCCGACCAGAUGGAGCCCACAGGAGCCUUCAAAGGUCUGUCUUUCCCAUGGAGGAAGAGAGCAUUCAGCACCCACAACCCAGCUGCCUAACAUUGUCUCCAGGCUUUAGCAAAGGUGUGAUUUGCAGCCCUCAAAGCCCCCUCAGAUCUGACUGCCAGCCCAACUCACCCACUGAGUCUAACAGCAGCAGAAACGCCACACUGAGCCUCAGACAGCCAUCAGACUGCCCCAAAGACGUCAAGGCCCGCAAUUGGAAGAAGUACAAGUUGAUCGUAAUGAACCAAACUCCUGAUGAGAAUGAAAAGGAGGCUCAGAGUGGCAGCGCUGAAGCUAUAUCCAUGUUGCCCUCACUGAGUCCCUGCAGGAGUGGUGUAGCAGGUGGACACACUGAGGUCCAGGCAGAAGAGGGAGUUGACGAGCAUAGAGAAGAAAUCCUCAUGUCUCAGAGUGUUGACAGCUGCAGCAGCACCUGUAGCACCAUCAGCUACCACAGAUGCUCCUCUUGUGGCUGCGACAGCCCCCAGUGCAUGGAAAUAGGUCACCUUUCUCCUGACUCUUACAGCCGAGAUGACACCACCAAAAUGAACUCAGAGUAUUCCUCCUCCAGCUGUGAAAGCACCAUACACUUCUGCAAUGGGUGUGACUCCAAGUUCACAGAUGAAGAUGCCCUGAAAGAACACAUGGCCCAGGUGCACAGUGACAAGCCAUACAAGUGUGACUUCUGCCAGGCUGCCUUCCGCUACAAGGGCAACCUUGCCAGCCACAAGACCGUUCACACUGGUGCGAAGCCUUACCACUGCAACAUCUGCGGCGCUCAAUUCAACCGGCCGGCCAACCUUAAGACACAUACCCGUAUUCACUCUGGAGAAAAGCCAUACAAGUGUGAGACAUGUGGUUCCAGAUUUGUCCAGGUGGCCCAUCUUCGCGCCCAUGUGUUAAUCCACACAGGAGAGAAACCGUACCCUUGUGAGAUCUGUGGAACUCACUUCCGCCACCUUCAGACUCUCAAGAGCCACAUGCGCAUUCAUACUGGAGAGAAGCCUUAUCAUUGUGAAAAAUGUGACCUCCACUUCAGACACAAGAGUCAGCUGAGGCUUCAUCUGCGACAGAAGCACGGCGCAGUCACGAACACCAAGGCUCAGUAUCGCAGGAUUCCCAGCAACAUCAGCACAGCCCUGGUGAACUCCUGCUGAGGCCACUACAGUCUCGCUGUGUGUCAUUUUUGUUUUCUUUUUGCAUCAGCUGCCAAGUUGUCGAACGGUGAAACAAAGUUAUCUCUUCAUGCAUUCGUAAAUGAUGCACAUUACUUUAUGUAAGCUCUUUGGUAUUUCAAAGAUUGUAGAAGUUUAUGCUUUCGUUGUGAUUGUCUAACAACAAAACGUACAUUUUGAAUGUGAAAAUUUGAGCAGGCAUUUCUCUUUAAAUGCAAAUAUCUUAACAGAAUGUCAGCAUUGAAGGACAGUCCUCUCUCAUUGGAUUGUGAAUCACUGUUACAGUUUUGCUUUAGACAUCGGUAUACAUUUUGCCCAAUAAUGUGGUCACAGUUUAUGCAAUUAUUUUUCAUUAGUUUAUUUUUUUUGUAAAUAAGAUAAUAUAUAUUUUCAAAUUGCCAUCUGCUGGCAGAGUACGAAUAUAUUUACGUUAAGUCUGUCAUUAACACAAGGGCUUGUUAUUCUGCCAUUUCAUAGUUCGUGUUAUGUAAUAUGUACAUAUUGUCAUUCAUUCAAAAAAAUGUUAUGUAGAUAUUUCCGUUUUUUUCAAUCAUUCUAGCCUGAUGGUAUUUUGCACAUAUUCAUAAUGCUGUAAUUCAUAUAUUUUCAUACUUUCAUUUAAAUAUUUUUACUUAAAAUAUUCUUGACACGUUGAAAUUGUUUGUUUGAACCCAUGCCAGCACUUGCUAUAUUUUUAUUUAUAUUCUAUUUUUUCUUUGCUGUAUGCUAUUACAUUUUGGUGCUGCAAUGAUGCAUGUCAGCUGGAUCAUUAAAGUUUGACUGUAUUUUAU